GAAAUGGGAAAUAGUAACAAUGUGACGGAAUUUGUCCUCCUUGGCCUCACCCGGGAUCCUGAAGGGCAAAAAGCAUUAUUUGUCAUGAUUUUACUGACCUACAUUGUGACAAUAAUGAGCAACCUGCUCAUUGUGGUGACUGUGUUUGGCAGCCCCUCUCUGGGCUCCCCCAUGUACUUCUUCCUCACCUGUCUGUCACUCAUGGAUGUUGUUUAUUCCACUGUCAUCUCUCCCAAAUUGAUUAUAGACUUACUCUGUGACAAAAAGACAAUUUCCUUCCCAGCUUGCAUGGGCCAGCUCUUCCUAGAACACUUGUUUGGGGGUUCUGAGGUCUUCCUCCUGAUCGUGAUGGCCUAUGAUCGCUAUGUGGCCAUCUGUAGGCCGCUGCAUUACUUGACUAUCAUGAAUCGACAGGUUUGCAUUCUGCUGUUGGUGGUGGCCUGGGUUGGAGGUCUUAUGCACUCUAUGGUUCAACUUCUCUUUGUGUACAGCCUCCCGUUUUGUGGCCCCAAUGUCAUUGAUCACUUCAUCUGUGACAUGUACCCAUUACUGGAACUUGCCUGCACUGACACCUACUUAAUAGGCCUCACUGUUGUUGCCAAUGGUGGAGCCAUCUGCAUGGUCAUCUUUAUCCUUCUGCUCAUCUCGUACGGAGUCAUUCUAAAUUCUCUUAAAAGUCACAGUCCGGAAGGGAGGCGCAAAGCCCUGUCCACCUGCAGCUCCCACACCACAGUGGUUGUCCUCUUUUUUCUUCCCUGCAUUUUCAUGUAUGUUAGACCUGUUUCCAACUUGUCCAUUGAUAAAUCCAUAACUCUGGUUUAUACAGUUAUCACUCCCAUGUUAAAUCCUUUAAUAUACACCUUGAGAAAUUCGGAGAUGAAAAAUGCUAUGGAAAAAUUCUGGUGUAAAAAUGUAACCAAAAGUAAAAUAAGCAUGUGUCACUGA